GGAAGAAGAAAAUGAAGUUGUAAUUCCAAUGUUCCAAACAGCCAAGUGGCAACAGCACAGAAUGACGGAAGAUAGCUGUUUGGAUUGCUGGAAUCCUUCGUAUUCUUUUCCCUGGACUGGGGUUUUCCAUUUUUGACUGAUUAUAAUAACAAAACCAAACCAAGCACCUUGGGAUCAAUUCAAAACCAAGGUUUUUGAAUUUUCUAACUCAACAAGCCUGAAACUUCACAAAAUGCAGAGACUCAUCUCUCUCAAGGUUGCUUCAGACAUCUCCAGAAGGGUCUUCACAAAACCUUCCUCCCUCCUACACUCUCAUCCCAACAAAACCUUCUUUUCUCUCUCCCAACCAUCCCCAACACACCACCUUCACACCACUUCUCUCAUCCCACCACCCCACUUCCCAUGGCCUUCCCACCACGGCCUUUCACGCAGUGUUUAUGGGUUUAUCUCUAAUCCAACGCUCCUAAAACAGUUUUUGCCAACUGCCCUUUUGAAGGGUUCAAGCAAAACCCUCGCAGCUUCCAGAGUUGGGUUCCUCAGAGCUCAAUUUCCCAGGCGGAGUUUCGGUUUCAGUCCAUCCUUUGAUUCCUACGGCCGCCGCUGGAGGUCAUGGCUGUCAGGGCUAAGUACUAAUGACGUUGUCUUGGGCUUGAUUAUAGCUAAUGUAGCUGUUUUUAUGUUAUGGCGGAUUUCAGACCAUAGAUUUAUGUUGAACAACUUUACAAUUUCGCUAGACAAUUUUAAAAGUGGACGUAUACACACAUUGAUAACUUCGGCAUUUAGUCAUAUUGAUAUUGGGCAUCUCAUCUCCAACAUGAUCGGGCUUUACUUCUUUGGAAUGAAUAUUGGAAGAGUUUUUGGACCUGAGUUUUUGUUGAAGUUAUAUCUAGCUGGGGCAGUGGUUGGCUCAGUGUUCUACUUGGUGCACCAUGCUUUUAUGGCCCCAUCAUCAAAGGGUCAACAAAUGUGGAGCAUAAACCCUUCAGCAAUUCCAGGAUUGGGGGCAAGUGGAGCUGUUAAUGCUAUCAUGCUGCUUGAUAUAUUCCUCUUUCCCAGAUCCACUCUCUAUUUGGAAUUUUUUAUACCAGUUCCUGCUAUUUUACUGGGUAUCUUUUUAAUUGGGAAAGAUAUGCUGAGGAUAAUAGAGGGAGAUGAUCAGAUCUCAGGAUCAGCUCACUUGGGUGGUGCUGCAGUUGCAGCAAUAGCAUGGACCCGACUUAGGAGACGAUUUUGAAGCCCAGUUUGGAUCUUAUCCGUUUCUGGUUCCAGCAUUCAUAAACAGUGAGUGGCUUUUCAAUAGGUUUUUCUUUUCUGGGUUGAAUCUCUGAUUAUUUUAUUGGCAAGUUCCUCCCAAUAGUUUUUCUUGGGUUGAACUCCCAACAUUCACUGUAAUUUGUAGGAUGCUGGUGACUUCUGUCUGUACUUCCCAAAAAUGGAUUGAAUAGUCUUAAAUGAUAAAAAUAUUUCAUUCACAUCCAUACAGAAUGUGGAUAGUAUGUUUCACUA